UCAUAAGAUGUGCGCUCCCUGCGCUGCAGUUUUGACCACUACAACAACACAAAAUACUUUUUUGGAUAGCUAAUUAUUUAAACAGAAGAGAUUGUUCGACUUUAUUGAAACCGUGUUAAAUAAUUUUAAAGGAUUGCAAUACUUUUGUAAAGUAUGAAGUGUUCCACGAGGUAAGGAACAAAAUACAACAAAGACACCGUGUGAAGAGGACCAAUAAUCAGCUGCUGUCACAACACAUUCUGUUGUAAUGAUGGAGUGUGUUAAAGAGGAGACUGAUCCUGAAUCAUUCACAAUAACACCUCAACAUACUGAAGAACAAACAGGCAUGACAGAAGUGAAAGAGGAAAAUCAACAACAAAAUGAAAUGAAGGAUGAACAUCAGCACCACAAUUUCAUAAGUGAAGAAAAUUCAUUCAGUUGCUCACAAACUGUUGAGAAUUCACCUCAAGAAAGAGAAGAAGCCAAAAUCUUAAAGAGUGACUUAAGGUGCCAUACUGAAGAAAGACCAUACACCUGCUAUCAGUGUGGAAAAUGUUUUAAACUAAAAGGAAAUCUUGAUGCUCACAUAAAGUCUCACACUACAGAAAGGCCAUACAGCUGCCAUCAGUGUGGAAAAUGUUUUAAACGAAAAGGAGCUCUUAAUGUUCACAUAAAGACUCACACUGGAGAAAGGCCGUACAGCUGCCAUCACUGUGAGAAGGCUUACAAACAUAAAAGUGACCUUAAGGCACAUCUGGUCAGUCAUGGAGAUGGGAGACCCUUUGAAUGCCCUCAGUGCGAUAAGACUUACAUAAGUAAAGGCAGCCUUAAGGAACAUUUAGUAAGUCACAGUGUUGAGACUCCAUUUGAAUGCCCUCAGUGUGGUAAAUGUUUUAAACAAAAAGGAGCUCUUAAAACUCACAUAAAGUGUCACACUGACACUGGAGAAAGGCCAUACUGCUGCCCUCAGUGUGGAAAGACUUACAAAAAUAAAACACAGCUUAAGGACCAUUUUUUCAGUCACAGAGAUGACAGACCUUUUGCAUGUCCUCAGUGUGACAAGACCUACAUAAGUAAAAAGCACCUAAACGAUCAUUUAGUAACUCAGUGUUGAGAGCCCAUUUGAAUGCCUUCAGUGUGGUAAAUGUUUUAAAAGACAAAGAGCUCUUAAAUCUCACUUAAAGUCUCACAUUGCAGAAAGGCCAUACAGCUGCCAUCACUGUGAGAAGGCUUACAAACAUGAAAGACACCUUAAGGAACAUCUGAUCAGUCAUGAAGAUGAGAGACCCUUUUUUGUAUGCCCUCAGUGCGGUAAGACUUGCAUGAGUGAAAGGCACCUAAAUGAUCAUUUAGUUACUCACAGUGUUGAGAGGCCAUUUGAAUGCCCUCAGUGUGGUAAAUGUUUUAAACGAAAAGGAGCUCUUAAUGUUCACAUGAAGUCUCACAAUGAAGAAAGGCCAUACUGCUGCCAUCACUGUGAGAAGGCUUACAAACAUAAAUUUGACCUUAAGGCACAUCUGGUCAGUCAUGGAGAUGGGAGACCCUUUGUAUGCCCGCAUUGCAAUAAGACUUGCAUAAGUAAAAACAGCCUUAAGGAACAUUUAGUAAGUCACAGUGUUGAGAGGCCAUUUGAAUGCCUGACUGUGGUAAAUAUUUUAAACAUAAAAAGUAUCUUAAUUUCCACCUAAAGUAUCACACUGGAGAAAGAUUAUUCACCUGCCCUCAGUGUAAAAAGACUUUUCAACAAAAGGAAACAUAGAUGGGAGACCCUUUGCAUGCCCUCAAAAGUUUGUUUAGAUAUGAUUGCUAAGGAGACACCAGAAGACGCAUAAAACAUAAAAAGUUGUGACUUAUCUCCAUGUGGAAAUGCCUUCAUGAGAGACGGAGACCUGGAGUGGAACCAACUGACUGCAAAAUGUGAAUAAAGAUGAACUUCAGUCUUCAGAUCCAUUACUCCAAAUUAUAUUUUUAAUGCAUUACAUCAAGUGCUGAAAUGUGUUCCUGUAGCUCAGCUCGUGGAGUAUUGUGUUAGCAGUGCUAAAGAUAUUUGGUUCGAUCCCAGGAACACAUUCUGAUUAAAUGUAUUGUAACUUUUGUUGGAUUAAAGCGUCAGCCAAAUUGAUUAAAA